UCAACAAAAUCGCAAAUGACGAUGAAGAAAGUAGUGUUGAAGUUGGAACUGCACGGUGAUAGAACCAAGCAAAAGGUCAUGAAAACUACCUCAGGCAUAUCAGGGGUUGAGUCAGUGAACAUGGACAUGAAGGACAAGAAAUUAACCGUAACAGGAGACAUCGACCUAGUUAAGGUAGCAGGAAAGCUAAGGAAGUUGUGUCAUACAGAGAUAGUGUCUGUUGGAGAAGCCAAGGAGUCUGAGAAGAAAAGAAGAAGAAAGAUAGAGGAUAUAGCUAAAGCAAUUGUGCCUGCUCCUUUGAAUUACAGCCACGGUUAUUAUCCACUGCCACCUUAUUAUGUUGGAACUGGGAAGAGUAUCCCAAUUGUGGCUGCGUCAUCUGCUAAAUUUUGA